AUGAACUGGCAUCUACAAACUGAAUUCAACAUCCUCCAUAGUUUGAGUGGAAACUUAAUGGAUUUCUUUGAAGGACUUACAUAUGAGCAUGUCAAUUUCAUUUUUUCUGAUGUUACAUAUCCUCAGGAUAGCACAAACUAUACAAUGAAUACCAGUUCAUACAAUUUUGCAUAUUCAGAACCUGGGAAUUUCUCAUACUAUGGUUAUUUUAAUGCUUAUGCAAUCAAUGAUCCAAUAUAUGGGAAAAAUGGAUUCACUAGACAAUUAGAAAAUACUUCAACCAUGGCUAAUGAAAGAAGUACAUAUGUACAUAUGCAACAAAAUGGACAUUCAACCUCCAAUUCCCACACCAAUCCUUCAGAUAAUUCACAAAGUAAUCAUAAUCAUAAUCCUAAUCACAAUCAUGGUGAUCAUCAUCAGGUUGUGUGGGAAGACAAUGUUAAUCUUGACAACAUGACUUAUGAGGAACAAGAUUUUGAUGCCAUUGGUUAUCUAUUUUCACUGGUGCGUGUAGACGUGAGUGCUAGAAACCCUGAACAUUAUUAUGAGGUAAUGGACCUUUUAAUUGGAGAGAAUGUCCUCACAUGGCCACAUGUGGUAAAACACGUGGAUUGCUAUACAAUCACACUUCAAGAACUGGAAUCUGUUACCACAAACUUCAAAUUUCAAUCCAUGAUGCGAGCUCCUUUUCAUGGAUUUGCAUUUUGGUUUGAUGUGGAGUUCUGUGGGCCCGCUGCUGACAACGAUGCACCAUCAUCAGAGUCAACAAAGUCAAACCCUAGAAGGAAGCGUGCGAAUCCCAAUGAAGCCCUUGUUCUUUCCACUGCACCCGAAGAUCCACCCACACAUUGGCAACAGAAUUCUCUUUCAUAUUGCAAGAUUUGGCUGGGACCAAAAGUCAAUAUAACAAGAACACUUCAGUCAGAGCAUGAUGGGGAGGACGUGCAAGUGCAUACAGAUGUAGAACACCAAACCUAUCAAAGACGAGCUACCAGAAGAGGUAGAGUAUUUUCAUAUCAAGGCAUUGUUGACAAUGGAUGA